AUGUUCCUUUGAGUGACAUAGCAUCCAAUACCACGAAAUUUCCAUCGCUGAAACAUGAACACAUGAUACACCGUACUAUGCUCUUGUGGAUUCAAAUUCCCUUGUUUUGCGUGUAUCUUCAUUUUCAUCUUCAUCUUCUUCUUCUUCUUCCACACAAGUGGAAUGGGAAUAGAGAUUCUGGAGCCUAACACAUGCAUCAGGGGUUGCUGCACCAGCCCCUCUAUUCCCCUUCAUCUUCCUCCAGCUUCUUAUACUGUCCUCUCUCCUAUUGCUCGAGGGGCUGAGAGUGUUGUUUAUGAAGGGACUUUGGAUGGCAUGAGGGUUGCUGUGAAGAAACCCAUCUUGUCAACUUCAGAAGACAUUAAUAAGUUUCAUAAAGAAUUGCAAUUGCUGUGCAAGUUAGAUCACCCCGGAAUAGCGACAUUGAUUGCGGCCCAUGCAAAACCGCCCAAUUACAUGUUUUUCUUCAAGUUAUAUGAAUCUCAGAAUCUUGCACAGAAGCUGCAUGUAGAAGAGUGGAUACCAACACUUAAUGAUGCACUAAUGAUGGCAAUGCAAUUAGCAAAGGCUUUGCAAUAUCUGCAUAACCUCGGGAUUGUGCAUAGAGAUGUGAAACCGGCAAAUAUUCUUCUUGACAAAAGUCUUUGUCCACACCUCACAGAUUUUGGUUUGGCAGAAUACAAGAAUGAUCUAAAGGGAGUUUCCAUUCAGAAUUGGAAGUCUUCUGGAAAGCCUACUGGUGGUUUCCACAAAAAGAAUAUGGUUGGAACAGUCAUUUACAUGGCACCUGAAAUAUUAAGAAAGGAGUUACAUACAGAAAAAUCUGAUGUAUACAGUUUUGGGAUAUCAAUCAACGAACUCCUCACUGGUGUUGUGCCAUAUACAGAUCUUCGUACAGAAGCUCAAGCUCACACAGUGCUUGAGAUGAACUAUACCGAACAGCAACUAACAGCAGCUGUUGUUUCUCAUGGAUUACGACCCGUACUUGCUACUGAGGACUUGGGUAUACCAUCCAGAUUAUUAUCAAUGAUAAACAAAUGCUGGGAUGGAAAUCCUAAUGACAGACCCACUUUUGAUGAAAUAGUCAAGGAACUUGAUUUGAUUUUGGAGCACUGCAAAUUAAAGAAGGAAGAAGAUAUUUAUGUCAGACCUGUUAACUUGCAUGUUGAUCAACCUGUGGACAACACUGAACACCUUCAGGCUUAUCAAGAGAGUUUUAGUUGGUCCACACGUGGUGAACUUUUGACUGCCACUAGUGCAAAUAAUUCUAGUUUGAUAACUAGGCGUGAGUUUUAUGACAAGGCUUCUGUAUACCACCCAAUACUGUCUUGGGGAUCUUAUGCUACCUGUGGAAGAAGGGAGACUAUGGAGGAUACACAUUUCAUUCUGCCCCGUAUUUGUGAUGAGAAGGAUGUCUAUGCUUUUGGCAUCUUUGAUGGCCAUAGGGGUGCAGCUGCUGCUGAGUUUUCUUCUAGAGCUGUACCAGCCGUUUUGCAGACUUCAGGUUUUAUGGGCAGUCCUGAAAAUGCACUAGUGGAAGCAUUCAUUAGGACAGACGCUGCCUUCAGAAAAGAGCUUGAUUCUUAUCGCAAAUCCAACAGAUGUAUCCAGAAAGAUUGGCAUCCAGGAUGUACAGCCAUUGCUGCUCUUAUAGUCAGAAACAAGCUAUUUGUUGCUAACGUAGGUGAUUGCAGGGCAAUCAUAUGUCGUGCUGGUAAUCCAAUUUCCUUAAGUAAGGAUCACGUUGCAAGUUGUCCUCAAGAGAGAGAACGUGUUAUUCGUCAAGGGGGCCAUGUACAUUGGCAAGUUGACACUUGGAGGGUUGGUCUUCCUGCACUUCAGGUUACACGUUCUAUUGGUGAUGAUGAUCUGAAGCCUGCUGUAACUGCAGAACCUGAGAUAACUGAAAAUACCUUGUGCCCAGAUGACGAGUUUCUGGUCAUGGCUAGUGAUGGCCUGUGGGAUGUGAUAAGCAGUACAGAGGUCAUAAAUAUCAUAAAAGAUACUGUUAAGGAGCCUGGAAUGUGUUCUAAGAGGUUGGCUACUGAAGCAGUGGAACGUGGCAGCAAAGAUAACAUAACAGUUAUAGUUGUUUUCUUACGUCCUGUGUCCACUGCAGAGAGAAUUUACUAGCAUACCUUCAUUUUGAAUGCUCACAAAUGGUAUGUGCUUGUGUAUUCAUUUAUUGAACUAAUAAAUACGUGUAUAUGUUCUUCCUUCA